GGAUCCAUGACACAGUUGUUUGGAGAACACAGCUUCUUGGGUAAAAAACCAGUGAACGUCCACAAAACCACCGACGUGGGUUGGACACUGAAGGCCGACAGUCGAGCCUUGUUCUCCGGCCGCGAUGGAGGCGGUUCCCCGGAUGCCGAUGAUCUGGCUGGACCUGAAGGAGGCUGGGGAGUUUGGGUUUAGCCCGUCCGUCAGACAGUUCAUCUUGAAGAAUUAUGGAGAGAAUCCAGACAACUACAAUGAACAGCUGAAGAAACUGGAGACACUGCGACAGAGUGCGGUAAACGUGACGAGGGAUUUCGAGGGAUGCAGCACACUGAGGAAAUACUUCGGUCAGCUGCAUUACGUCCAGAGCCGAGUGCCCAUGGGAACGGGCCAGGAGGCUGCAGUACCCAUCUCAUGGACGGAAAUUUUCUCUGGAAAAACAGUCACCCACGAUGACAUCAGCUAUGAGCAAGCCUGCAUCCUCUACAAUCUGGGGGCCCUGCACUCCAUGUUGGGAGCCAUGGAUAACCGGGUAUCUGAGGAGGGGAUGAAGGUGUCGUGUACACACUUCCAGUGCUCGGCGGGGGCUUUCUCCUACCUGAGAGAUCACUUCAGCCACAACUUCAGCGUGGACAUGAGCCACCAGAUCCUUAACCUCAACAUCAACCUCAUGCUGGGCCAGGCUCAGGAGUGUCUUCUGGAGAAGUCAAUGUUGGACAACAGGAAGAGUUUUCUGGUCGCUCGCAUCAGCGCUCAGGUGGUGGAUUACUACAAAGAGGCCUGCAGGGCUCUGGAGAACUCUGAGACGGCGUCCAUGCUGGGAAAGAUUCAGAAAGACUGGAAGAAACUGGUCCAGAUGAAGAUCUACUACUUUGCUUCUAUUGCACAUCUUCACAUGGGGAAACAGGCCGAGGAGCAGCAGAAGUACGGAGAGCGGUUGGCGUAUCUUCAGAGCUCCCUGGACAAACUAUCUGAAGCCAUCAAGCUGGCCAAGGGACAACCUGACAGCGUGCAAGACGCCUUGAGAUUCACCAUGGACGUUAUCGGGGGAAAGUUUAACUCGGCCAAAAAGGACAAUGACUUCAUCUACCAUGAGACGGUUCCUUCUCUGGAGACUCUGGCCUCCGUCAAAGGUGCCCCACUGGUGAAAGCUCUACCAGUCAACCCCACAGACCCCAGUGUUACCGGACCAGACCUGUUUGCCAAGUUGGUGCCAAUGGCCGCCCACGAAGCCUCUUCGCUGUACAGUGAGGAGAAGGCCAAGCUGCUGAGGGACGUCAUGAUCAAGAUUGAGAGCAAGAAUGAAACACUAGAGCAGUUCAUGGACUCUCUGGGUUUGGAGCCGGAGUCGGUGGACAACCUGGACAUGUACAGCCACAUCCCUCCGGUCCUGAUGGAGAAGUGUGCUGCUCUCAGUGUCCGACCCGACACCGUCAAGAGCCUCAUCCAGUCCAUGCAGGGGCUCUCGGGCGUCUUCACCGAUGUGGAGUCUUCUCUGAGGGAGAUAAGAGACGUCCUAGAGGAGGACGAGGCCGGCAGGCGGGCCCUCCAGGAGGUGGGCGGCCCCGCUGCGGGCGAGGUGCACCCGGCAGCGCAGACCCAGGCUCUGGCUGAGAUCCGCAGGGACCUGGAGAAGUACAUGGAGGCCCACGAGAAAGCCAGCUUCACCAACACGGAGCUCCACCGGGCCAUGAACCUGCACAUCAGCAACCUGCGUCUGCUGGGGGGGCCACUGGAGAGUCUGAAGGAGGCCCUGCCCCGGCCCCAGCUCAGCGAAGAUGAAGUAGCCGGGCUGCAGUGUAUGAAGAGGAUCCUGGGGAAGGUGCAGGAAAUGAGGGAACAGAGAAGCUCUUUGGAGAAACAGCUGCGUGACCUAAUCCACCAGGACGACAUCACCUCCACCCUCGUCACCACAGAGAGGGCCGACAUGAAGCGUAUAUUCGAGGAGCAGCUGAAGAAGUACGAGCAGGUGAAGGUGUACAUCGACCAGAACCUGGCGGCUCAGGAGAACAUCCUGAAGGCCCUGACGGAGGCCAACGUCCAGUACGCCUCGGUCCGUAAGGGCCUGAGCCAGACGGAGCAGCAGUGGAACGCCACCGUCCAAGGACUGGUGGGCUCCUACGAGGCCUACGAGGACCUGAUGAAGAAGUCGCAGGAGGGGAAGGAGUUCUACGAGGACCUGGAGGCAAAAGCAUCACGUCUGCUGGAGAGAGCGAAGAACCUUUGUCAGACCAGGGCCGAGGAGAGGAAGCCGCUCUUGGAAAAAGAGACCCAGAAGAAACCCCCGGCACGACCAACGGCAGCCAAGCCCUCCCUGAAGCCAAAGUCUUCGGAUGUGGACUCGGCCUGCUCCAGCCUGGACGAUCCAGAGUUGGCCCAGCUUAGUGCAGCCAUCUUGGCCUUGGGGGGUGACCUACCCGAAGAGCUCCGCAGCCUCCCCCCUGACAUUCCCACCUUCUCCAGCUCUGCGGCUCGUAUGCAGGGUCCUGAAGCCUUCCUCCCCCCUAACGCUCACAUGGGCGGCAGCAGCUCUCUACCUUGGCCCGGUGCUCAAGCAGCCGGUCUUCCUCACUUCCCUGCCAACCUGCCUCCUCCAGAGCUCCUGGCACGGAUCGCUCAGUAUCCUACUUCUGGACCUCUGCCGCGUGGACCCCACCCUCAGAUGCCUCCACAGAUGCCUCCGCAAAUGCCAAACCAAGGAGGUUAUCGGCCACCCCAUCCUCAAGCCCCCCAACCCGGCCUCGUAGCCCCAACUCCAGUCCGGCCCUCUACUACCACCGUGGAUAGCAUCCAGGCCCCUAUCCCCAGCUACGCCCCUACGACACAACACCACCCUCACCCGCCUGCAGCCUCUACCGGCUACGCUGUACCCCCACAUAUGGGAGGCUACCCCCAGUAUAUGCCCCGACCGGGAAUGCCCGUUCAAGGCCCACCGCCCCAACCACAGCAGCAGAAACAGCAGUACCCUCAGCCCGUCGGGCCUCCACUGCCUCAGGGGUACCAGCCUGGACCGAGGCCUAUUCCUGGCCCUCACCCUCAUCUGCAGGCUCCGCAAGGCUACCACCAUGGGUAUAUGCCCCCUCAGCCUGGAGUUCCUCCCCAUUACCAGCAGGCGUUCCCGGGUCAGCUGCAGCAUCCUCAACAGAACGGCUAUCAGCCCCAGCAUCAGCUCCCCCAGGGCUACCAGAAUCCACCGGGCUACGUACCCCAGCACCACCCUCAGAUGAUGCCAGGCUCCAUGCCGAGGCCACCGCAGGGCCAGAUGCCACCUCAGGGUGGACAUCCACACAUACCCCCAACUUCUCAGCCAGCACCUCCUGUAUCUCAACCCUACCUACCCCACCCCCACCCCCACCCCCACCAACAGAUGCCCCCUGGACUCCCUCACCAACACAUGCUGCCACAACAGCAACAAAUGUCAAUGCCCCCUAAUGCCCAGCAGAUGCAGCACCACCCACAGAUGCCAAUGCCGCCAGUCUCACAGAACUACAUGCCCCCUACGAGUCAGCCCAUCCACCCCACCCUGCGGCCUCAGAUGCCUCCAGCCUCACAAGUUCACAUGGGCCCUGGUUCUCAGGUCCAACUGCCAAGGGGCCCUAUGCCACAGAUGCCUCCAAAUGCACUACCCCCACAACAUCACCCCCACCCUGGACAGCCCCCUAUACCAAAUAUGCCCCAACAGCCCAUGCGGAUGCCCAGCCAGCCCCAGACUCUGCCCCCUCAUUCUGGGGGAGUGUGCUACCCCGGAGGCGCUCCAAUGAUGCCUCAGCAGCCUCUGGCUCCACAACCUGCAGCCCAACAACCUCAGGCUCCUCUUCCCAUGACUCACCCACAGCCUCCCACUAUGUAUCCUUCAGCUCCAGGAGCUAAUGUGCCUCCGAGUGCUCCACAGCAGCCCCCCCCCAUGGGCCAACAUGGACCCCACGUUCCCCCCACACAGCACCUGAUCCAGCCCUCUCCUGGAGGUCCUCCAGCGCCUCAACUGCCCAGCGUUGUCCCGCCGUCCCCUUCGCCUUCCCCCUCCCCAUCUCCCUCUCCAGGUCCCACCUCUCUGAGUCUGAAUCCCCAGCAGAGACCCACGCCAGCCCCCACCCCCGGAGGUGCAGCUCCACCCACCCUUCCCUCUCCCUCCACUGUCUCUCCCUCCACGUCGUUGUUUCAGCGCCAGAACUCGAGCACAGAUGACCUCCUGUCUUCGAGCCCAGAGAGCCAACCAGGAGGCACCAAGGCUCCGACCAACGUCCUCCAACCCACCAAAGCCGACCCGCAGGACGGGGAGCGUCGCAAGAAGAGCUCCCAGGCAGUUCUGCUGAUCCAGGGUGACCCGUACCAAGCGCCGGAGCGCGUCGCCCAUCUUCACGGCGAACUGGAGCGUUACAGGUCCCAGGUAGAUUCCCUGGAGCACCCCACGGAGAGCGAGGGAGGCCUGUCGGUGCUGGACGCCCGCUGGAAAGAGCUACAGGACCAGCAGGAGAAGGACGCCCGCCAACUGUCCAUCGCCAUCGCCCGCUGCUACACCAUGAAGAACCGUCACCAGGACGUCAUGCCCUAUGACCUCAACCGCGUGGUGCUGCAGUCGGGCAAAGACGACUACAUCAACGCCAGCUACGUGGAGGACCUGUCGCCGUACUGCCCACGCCUUAUCGCCACGCAGGCGCCGCUCACCGGCACAGCGGCCGACUUCUGGCUGAUGGUGUUUGAGCAGAAGGUGUCAAUGAUAGUCAUGCUGGUGUCAGAGCAGGAGCUGGACAAGGGAAAGGUUAUGCGUUACUUCCCGACGGAGCGCGGCCAGCAGGUCUCUCAGGGACCAAUCACGCUCAGCCUCACCAUGCAGAAGACGACGCCCACGCACGUGGAGCGUAUGAUCAGCCUGCAGUACCGCGACCAGAGCCUGAAGCGCACCGUGGUCCACCUCCAGUUCAUCUCCUGGCCGGAGCUGGCGCUUCCUGACAGCAAGAGCAACCUGCUCAGAUUCAUCCAGGAGGUUCAUGGACACUACCUCCACCAGAGGCCCUUACACACACCUGUCGUGGUGCACUGCAGCUCGGGCGUCGGACGCACCGGCGUCUUCUGUCUGCUGUACGCCGCUCUGCAGGAGCUGGAGGCCGGAAACGGGAUCCCAGACCUCCCACUGCUGGUGAAGAAGAUGAGACAACAGAGGAAGAACAUGCUGCAGGAGAAGCUCCACCUGAAGUUCUGCUAUGAGGCCGUGUUGAAGCACGCUGAGCAGGUCCUUCAGAGACACGGCAUCACUACCGCCACCUGCAGCAGGAACAGCAGCUCUGCAGCCACAAAGCCUUACUCCAGACAGGAGUCCCAGCAGGACAUCGUCCUCGGCGGUGACAUGCCCAUCAGCUCCAUCCAGGCCACCAUCGCCAAGCUCAGCAUCCGGCCGCCCAGCGCCACGGACCCCGCCAUGGAGGCCCCCUACGGCCCCGAGGGGCAGGUCGGCGCCGUCCUGCCGGCCCUCGACUCUCUGGGUGACGUCCAGCCGCUCCAGGACGCCUUCCCCCCGGACCUCCAGCCGCCCUCCUCCUUCAGCCCGCCUCUCAUCUCCCCUACCAACUCUCCUCCUCCACCACCACCACCCAACGGUCUGGACGCCGUCUCCCCCUCCACGCCACCGUUAGCCGACCACCCGGAGGCCCCGCCCAGCGUCAGCCCGCCUCCCGCCCCGGCUCCCUCGUCCCUGGAGCUGCUCGCUGCCAUGACGCCCGAGGCCUUCUCCAUGGAGGGAGGGGGGAAGGGGAAGCAUCGGGUGACCAAGCAGAGCUUCUUGAAGCCGGCGGAGGGUCAGGGUCUCCACGGGACCCGAGGCGAGGAAGGCGACGACCCGCUCAGCAGCCUGGAUCCGCUCUGGAGCCUCGGCAAGCGCUGAGAAGACUCCCACGGUCCGCUGUCUUCAUCUCACCUUCUACGCGCUCUCUAAUCCUGCUUUUAAGAAGAAAAAACUAAAAAAGUGUGAGACAUUUUAGCGGUGUUGAUUACCAAGACGUGCCUGGUGGCAGAUGGUAGGGGUUCAGUUCGGACGUUUGAUUCCUGAGACACAAACACACACUCGCUUCUCCUUCCAUCACUGGUGGCUUCUGGGAGCAGAUGGCUAUGCACUCGUCUGUGUUCCUUCAUUCCUUACGUCACUCUUUGCUGCUUUUUCUUUUCUUUUCUUUAUGUCUGUAUGUUCUGCACUCCCAGCGCCUGAUCUGGGGCCCGAAAAACAUUAAAUCCCAGCAUGCACUCCACUUUCAUAGCCCCCCCCCGUUCCCCUCACAGGGUGUGAUGGUGUUCGGCCACUCCCUUCUGCGCUGGUCUGCGAUCGUUUUAUUAACUGGAAAUAAUGGAUGCAUGGAGUUGCAGGCAGGCCGGAGGAGCUGGGUGGAGCUAUUUUUAAGGACGCAACAUGUAACUCAAUCAGUCGUCAUGGUAACACAGAGCAGCAUACAAAUCAGCACGUUCUAACCAAGUUGAUUUUUCUUUUUCUUCAUCUGUAACACUGUAAAUAUCUUAAAUAAAGUUAGAUUAUUCCAAAAGUUCUUCUGGUAAACUUUCACUAAUCGUUCAUUAUUGUAAAAAACAUAUUAAAUAAAUCCAGUAGACAGACAUCUGUUGUGGUAUCAAAGCCUCUUUUAUUUUGAAAAUUAGUACAAAGUCUUGCGCUUUUUCUUUUGUGUUACAAAAAAGUAAAUAAGUUACCUCCACUACUACAGCCUGCGUAGAUAUCGUAGCCAGCCAAUGAGGGGAGGAGGCUGGAGGAGCAGACCCGGGGGAUUUAAAGACAGUAACUUCUAUUCUCCACAGUUCUGAUUUUCCUGACAGCUGUACAAAACCGUGAGAAAUGAAAUGAUACAGAAUCUGAUUUCUACUUGCGUUAAAUAUCUGGUGUUAUUGUGAGGAUGCAGACGCAGGAAAGGUUACUUUUACCAGGAUGUCGUUUGUUUGAUACGGUACAAAGAGACGGAUGGAUGAGAGCAACAGGAUGAAAGAAGGAUGUUUGAAGCAGCAGAAACCAGCAUGGUUCUCUAAAAGUGAACUGAACAUAUUCAUAAACUGACAAAAGUAGUGUUGGAUAAUAGAUUGUUACAAGGCCAAGUCCUUCUGUGAUGAACCAAAAACACCACACCCCUCCCCUCUUUAAAGGAAUAGUUCGACAUUGUGGGAAAUACUUUUAUUUGCUUUCUGGUGCAGAGUAAGAUGAGAAGAUCUAUACUACUCAUAUCUGUCAAUUAUUAAAGAUAUAUAAGGUUACAGACAGCAGCAGGUUAGCUAAGUUUAGCACAAAGACGACUACUAUUGACUUAAGAUAUAUAUAUAUAUUUAAUUCACUGUUUAGUGAGCUUUAAAGGUGCUGGUAGGUAGACUUUGUUAGCAUCUGACAGAGCCAGGCUAGCAGUUUCCUGUCUUUAUGCUAAGCUAAGCUAACCGGCUACUAUCUGUAAGUUAACAGUUGGCUUCACACUAAAUAAGAGUGGUAUCAAUCUUCUCAUUUCACUGCCAGGAAGCGAAUAAUGUUGAGCAUCUUUACCGAAACAUCCAACUUUUGCUUUAAAUCAAAUUCACAUUGCAAGAAAACAAGUUAAAAAAAAAAAACCUACAACAAUCUACAAAGUAGCCAUUUUACUAUUUCUACAGCUUUCAAAACUACCGUUGACAACAAAAAAAAAAAAAAACACAAGCUAAUAAAUGAGCAGGUCACAGGUGUGAUUCCUUUGGACUCUGAAGCUGUGGACCAGAGAAACCACACCUGUGACCCCGUGACCCCGACAUGUCUGCGUGUGAACUUGGUUAACGAGUCUAGUCGUGUUCACGCGUGUGCGUUAGAGGGUUAGUAGUGCAUUGAGUUAGUGUUGCGGUGCAAUACUGUAAAGGAUGUUUAGUUUAGGCGCUGUUUUUAUUUGUCUUUAUGGAUUUGUUCCUCACUACAUUCAGUAGACGCAGAUACAGUAGAUGGAUGAUUUGGGAGGAAAUACAUUCUGUAGGAUGUUGGUGUGAAACAUGAAUGAUUACAUUCUUACAGCAGGUAUCCAGAGUUAAAAGUUAAGCAUCCAACAGAAGAGAUAAAAUGUCCAACAAUUUACUGUUAGUUUUGUUACUUUAUCAAAUAUUAAACUGAUUUUAGGUACAAACUAGUGGUAAAUCAUUAUUUCAUCUCUUAACUACGCUUCAAUGCAGAACAGAUUCUUAAACAUGUAAAAGCUUAAUGAGCAAAUUAGCCAAAUGGUUUUGGUUGUAAAACCUCAGUGGACCAAAAGAGACAUUUUGAAUUUCAACUGUGCAACAUUUCAAUCAAACAUGGAUCUUAAAUCAGGUGCAAAGCAUUUCCACAGAGUUCUUCUGAUACCACUUUUUCACUCCCGAUUUCCAUGACUGACUUUGCGUAUUGAUUGAUGGAGAGUAUUUUGUCAUUAGCAGUUUUGAAUAUGUAUCGAAAGCUGCUGUGGAAAUGCUUUUUGCCUCAUGGAGAUUUAUGACUCAUCAGAACGUUGCACAUUGACAGUUAAGAAAACAUUGUGCCGAUUCUAUUAGACUUUCUCGGUUGUUCGUACCUUUCAAAAGCUAUUUUUUUAAGUAUCAAAGAGAUGUUUUAAUGUUCAUACAUCUGGUCCAAUGCCUCCAAGCUUUUAGAUAUUAGGAUUACUUUAUUUGGCAAAAGUUAUAUUUCUCUCUGAAAUCUAAAAAUAAUACAUGGUCUAAAAUAAUUGACCACAAUGAGAGCAUCUGUGUAUAUAUUGCUAUUUAUUAUUCGCUUACAGGGGCAUAAAAACAGCUAGUUUUUAAAAGGAGACUAUUAAAGGUGCUGCUGGAUAUAAUAACUGUCUUUUCUUCACAUUUUCACUGACUGGCUGCAGAAAGAGGCGGAGAGGUUUCAAGACAAACUCCACUUAAGUUUGACAACAAGAUGUUCUGGACGUAAGUUUUGUCAUUAUUUGUGGGCAAAAUGAAAAUCCAGGAUUGGAAACAGUUUAAGUUGAACCAGCUACAGUAAACCACAAUUAAAAAAAAAAAUCUCUAAAGGGCACAAUUUAUUUAAAAAAUACGACAGCCAAUGUAAACAUGACGUCAGCUAGAGACAGCCUGUGCAGAACAAAGUCAGUAUGCUCAUCCAAAAUUCAAGCAGUUUAGAAGACGGAGGUAGCCUGAUGAAGGUGUAGCACACAGGGGCCCCUCGUACAGCAUCAGUAACCCCGGAACCGGAGCCCGAGGGUGGGAUAAAAGGAGGAACCUUUUCUGCUACAGCCCCCAAACUCCAUAACACCAAACACUUCAGUGUUUCCAGUUCAAUAUCACAAAGAAAGAAAUUGUUUUAUAACCAAACGCCCCGACCCCGCCAAACAAACAAUCACCAUCUGACAUUUAUUUCAUUAUUUCCACAUUGUUAUAGUCUUGUUUAAAAACUGGGAUUAGCCAUUCAUAAACAAACUGUUAUUCAAAAAUGUAUCGCUAAUAAAUAAUAGAUUUAUACAUAUAAAAACAGCCCCCUAUGGAGUUUAACUUUAUACAGUAAUCAUCAGUUCUCUCCCUCUCUCUCACACAUUUCAUUUCACUCAUCAAUUUUUGUUUUCAGCAGUGUUAUGCCAUAAAAAGGGCCUAGAUUCAUUCAUUCAUUAAUUCAUUCAGUCUCAAACAAACAAACACACACACACACACACACACACACUCACAAUAUAACUGCGCAGCUCAUCCCAACAGGCCGUGGACCCGUAGAGCUCGCUGAUGCUGCACUUUGCUGUUUUCGAGCAAAAGAGGCAGCAGGAAUAUUAAAAAAUAAGGAGACAGUUUUAUCUUCCUCUCUGGGCGGGUGGAGUCACAGUGAAGGCCCACCCGUAUAAGCAGCAUAGAGGGCAGAGCCACAAAACAAACACGCAUUUAAAAAAAAAAAAAAAGCACAAACUGGUGACUGGUGGAUCCUCUUUAAGUGAGACACAUCCAGCUUUUCUUUAACGGAACCUCAGGACCCUCGUAAAUGUCAACAACUCGGUAUCGAGGGUACGUCACCCUCCUCCGGUAAAACGCAGCAGGUUGCACAAUCAGUCCUCAGCUUGUUUCCUCUUCCUCAUUACAUCCAGGUUUGUACUUAAAACUUCUAAAAAAACAAAAAGAGCCUCGUAUGUACAUGGUAACCAGUAUAGUAAUGGUGACUCCUUUGGUUGUCAGAAACAACAAAAGAAAGUAAAAAAAACAAAAAACAAA